AUGGCAGACACAACCAAGUUAGGAAAAAUAUUCAUCGGGGGACUCUCGUACGAGACGACGGACGAGAAACUCCGGUCGUACUUCGGCGCGUAUGGCACAGUGACCGACGCCGUGGUGAUGAAGGACCCGAUCUCUAGACGAUCACGAGGCUUCGGCUUUAUUACAUAUGCGGACCCUUUGUGUGUCGAUAGAGCGCUGGCGCAGCCCAACCACAUCCUAGACAGCCGUCGAGUUGAAGCUAAGCGGGCCGUUCCUCGUGCAGAGAGCAUGCGCGACAUCGGGAAUAGCGCGUCGUCAAGUCGUGUCAAUGGUAGCACUUCAAUAUCCAGUAUCAGCGCUAACAGUGCAGUCGGCGCCACAAAAAAAAUCUUCGUGGGCGGCUUACAUUAUGAAACCAAAGAUGCGGACUUUAAAAAGUAUUUUAUGCAGUAUGGCAAGGUCGUGUCGGCUGAAGUGAUGUUCAAUCGCGAGACGAACAAGUCGCGUGGCUUUGGUUUUGUCAUAUUCGAGAGUGAGGCCAGCGUUGAGCUGGUGCUGCAGGACAAGAACCACGUCAUUGACGGUAAGUCCGUCGAGGUAAAGCGCGCCGUUCCGCGCACAGAUGUGCCUCCUCCACGGUCGGUCUCGUCUCGUGGAAACUCUUUCAGCGGCCCCUCUGGCCCUGGCUCCGUGGGAAGCCUGGAUGAUGUGAGCACAAUAACAACGCCCCCAGUAUCGCUCUCUGGCAGCGUAUCGUCCACCAGCGGUCUCGCCGCUGCGAUGGGAUCGGAGAAGUUGUGUCGCACAACUUCAGCUUCGGCCAAUCUCAUGCCCAAUGGCUUGCUGGGAGGAUACGCUGCUGCCGUUCGCUUUGGUGGUCGGGGGCUGCCAAAGACCUCGAGCUCGAAUGCCAUGCUUCCUUCGUCUUCAGUGACGUCGCCCCGCCCGCUGUCCAGCAAUGGGGAUGUCAGUAGCAUAAAUGGCAUUAGUCUGGAUACAUCGACGAUCAGUGGCGUUGCAGAUGCGCUCUCCAGUCUCGUGAUCGGCGAUGGAGGUUCGUCCCGUGGAGGUGGUAUACUAGGCGGAAGCAGUGCUGCCUCUCCGCCACUAUCGGCGAGUUCUUCGUCUCGUGGAUCGUCGGACCACCUGGUAGACGCGGGAAGUGUGUCAGCUACAAACGGCCACCUGUCGCCAUUAGACGUCGCUCUUCACCCUCUUGAUAAUGACCCGGUUAUCGAGCAAUGGAAGCUUUCUCCUAGCUCUGGUCCACAACUCUCGCCGAGUGCCCCGCUUGGAUCGCCCUCCGAGUCCAGCUUCCUCCCGCAUGGCCUUGUGGACGAUAGAGCCGGACCAGCGUCGAACUUGUCAUGGCAAGCCACUCCUUGGCAGCAGCAGUCGUGGGGCUCUCCGCCUUUGCCACGGGGUCAACAGCAGCAACAGCCUCCGCUACCACCCGCUCCUGCCCCGUUGUUCUCGAUCUUCUCAAACCAGCGCAGUGGCGGCACUCCACUUCAUGGAUCAAGUGCGUGGCAUUCGAAUGCUGACUCUGGAUACGGUAGCAACGACACUCCAGCCAACUCUGGAAGUGACGGCUUUGGCAACGGCAUGAUGGGUAUGGGUCUAUCGGGCUUUGGUGGUAACGGUGUGGGUAGAAGUGGGUUUGGAAUGCACUCCCAGGGCGAUGACAGCGCACCUUACAGCUCGCUGGGCGGGUUUUUGCAGCAAGACUAUCUGCCAACAGACCAGGAGCAACGGCAACACGCGCUUGGAGCCGCAGAACAUCCACUGGACUCGACAUCAUUUGGACGGAUGAUGAGCAGUGAAGUUCCGCCUGACGCGGGUGAUUUACGUAAGAAGCCAACGUCUUUGGAGUACGACUUGCCGUCGUCUGCAGCAGAGUACCAUCGGCAGUACAGAUAGAGAGCGACACGACGCGAAUCCAGCAGGGCAGUUUACACAUCACGGAGGCGUGGUGUCUGACGAAGAAGCCCCAUCUUGUAGCUCACGCUUGAGCAAAUUUUGCGCGCUCUUGCUACUACGGAGAAAUGCGACGGUGUUUCACAGCGGUCUUUUUUCGUGGCGCGUGCGUUGAAGCGACCGUUUCUCAAUACGAAGACAACGACGACAAGCAGAAUGAGGAUCGGAGAAGCGUGUUCGAGUAUGCGAAUUGGAAGGAGAAGGAUUAUUAGUCGAUAGCGAAAAUAGUGGAGUAGGAGAUAGCACCUAGGUUACGUUAGUUUGCAGGCGAGGAGAGAGAGCAGAACGUGGCGACGUCAUAGACGGUCGCGGAUAAUAGGAA